AUGAAGGGUAAGGGCAAGUUCCAACUAACUAGACAGAAGAAGCUGGGCAAGGAGCGGGUUGCAGGGAAAGAGACAGACAGACCGAACAAGACAAGGCAAGCCCAAAGCCAGACCGUGAAGAGCGACCGGAGUGAGCGGGGCGACCCAGGGUGGCAGGCCCGAGCAGAGAAGCCCAGCGGCAGAAAUGAGAAUGCGAUGGGAUGGGAUGGGAUGGGAUGGGAUGGGUGGGUGCAAACUAGUGAUUCCAAGGAGCAGGCAAGGCCGCCGGAAGUAAAUCGACGGUGGAUCUCCAUCCAUGAGGCCAUCGAGGACCCAUUAAUCAUCCAUUCCAAUGGGAGCUGUUGGUCUGGAGGGCGCUUUUCGGAUGAUUUCUGGACUGGGAAACGUCACAACUCAGAGCAGGAUUAUAUCAUGACGAGAAUCCUACUCCCAUGGCUGAAAUUGACCAAAAAAAUAUCCGUAAACUUAUCUUUUGCACCGACAAUAAUUGGGUAA